AUGAGUGAAAACAACGCACCAUACAAAAAAUGGUUCCAAAUUCUCUUCUACACUCUUCAACAAAACCAAACAAUAAUCGAAUUCCAGCCUGGACACGACCCGCCGAGCGGCUUUUGGGAUAUUAUUAAUCAAGAUAAUGUUGUCAUCAGAGUUGUAUCAAGUAGUUCGGUGGUCGUCGGUUACUGGUUUAAAAAUGACGAAACCGAGAUAAUUAAUCAAUCGAUUCAGUACAUGCACACUAAUUUUGAAUGCGACGUUCGUAUCAAGUCCGUGGACCUGGAAGAAAGGGAGAAAUUCGAGGACGACACUCAUUGCCUUAAUGUGCAAAAAAGGAAAGAAUGGGAGAUGCAGAAAAAACUCCUCGAUAAUAUUAAAGAGAUUCUCCCUGGAUUCCCUUACGUCUGCAAGUACGGAUGGGAACCUGAAUCAGAGGAUGGAAAGGGUGAUCUGAUCCUCACAGAUGGUAAAGGUAUAUUUGCUGUUGUAGAGACGAAAAGACUACACACAGAGAAUCUCAUUCCGGACAGGGCUUCCUGCCGGAGAUCGAAGCAAAGAAAGAAGUAUAGAAAGCAUCACGUCAUCGAACAAGCGGGGCGUUAUAAACGGGCCUUUAUCAAUCAAUAUGAACACGUUUACGUCGACCAACAUGAUCGACCUUUUGACAUCGUUGCGGUUGUUGCCGUGGGAAUCACUGAUGAGGAACACCAGAAAAGACAUUGGCCCGAACUCUUUGAUGAAAGGGUAUUUAGAGCCAUCAACCGGAUGUAUAACGAAACCGAUUUUUCAGACCCCGAGGACAGGGGGUCAUUUUAUUCCGCCGCAUCAAACAACUCGUCAACUUCUAGUAUCAAUAGUUUCUUGGGUAACGAUGGCAGUUUGUAA